AUGUUUCCGAGAAAAUAUGCAUCCGGACAUGAUAAAAGGGAAAAAAGAAAACGAGCCCAACAUUUGAUUGAAUCUCAAAGAGGAGCAUUAGAUAAAUUUUUUUGUAGUAGUCCAGUGGAAGAAUCUUCGAAUAACUUGAAUAAUGAUGAUAAUUUUAAUGAUGUGCCAAUUUUCGAUGUUCCUAAUGAUGUGCCAAUUGUUGAUGUUCCUAAUAAUGUGCCAAUUGUCGAUGUUACUAAUGAUGUGCCAAAUGUUGAUGUUCCUAAUGAUUUGCCAAAUGUUGAUGUUCCUAAUGAUAUGCCAAAUGUUGAUGUGGGUAUUAAUGAACACUUUAUCCCUCCUUUUGAUAUCUACGAUCCUAGAAAUUGGGGUUUAAUUGAUGCUAAAACUAGAGAUAUUUUGAUUGAAAAAGGACCUAUAAGAGAGUUAAAUCUCACAUUUCCUAUCGAUAGUUUUUCUAGGCAUUUUUCAUAUUCUUAUUUUAUAAGAAAGUUGAGUAAUGGGGAAACUUCAGAUAGAAAAUGGUUGGUUUAUUCAAAACAUGUUGAUAAAGUAUAUUGUUUUUGUUGUAAAUUGUUCACUUCUCAAAAUAACAAAACUCUUUUAGCAAAUGAUGGAGUGAAUGAUUGGAAACAUUUGAGCGAGAAACUCAAACUACAUGAGAAUAGUGUAGAACAUUUGACUAAUAUGAGUAUUUGGAAUGAAACAAGAUUGAGAUUGAAUAAGAACAAAGGCAUUGAUAAAGAGUUACAAGAAGGGAUUCUUAAAGAAAAGGAACGUUGGAGACAAGUUUUAUAA